UUGGAGCUUCCCAUACCGAAUUAGUGGAACACGACUGACCCGUGCCGCUAGGGGGCGUAAGUGAGUAACAUUCGAAGUGCGGCAUCUAUGCAGUGCUCCACAGCGGGCUCUCUUCAUUCAAGUUGCUGAAACACAGCCUACAGCAAGAUUGAGGAAACCCUGGCUCGUUAAAACACUGCAGUAAUGGCAGCUUCAACAGAGUCAUACAUGUAUAUGGACCAGAGUGCCUUUCAUUACGAUUAUGAGACGUUGCGGACUACGGGUGUCAUCCUUGCUGUGGUUAUGUUCGUAACUGGGAUUCUUAUUGCUAUGAAUCUAGUCCAGUGGAAGGCCCUCAGCCACCGAAGACAGAAGUUCCACCUCAGACAGUGUAAAGCAGAUGGUGCGACGGGGCGGCCCAUUUCAGCUAGAGGAAAUGCUCAGUUGCACAAAAAUGUGGAGGAGAAUCAAACCUGCUUGACCUUUUUUUGUAACCUCAGCCUAAAUGCUAAUCUAAUAGGUCUAAAUCUGAUGUAUUUUUAGGUCUAUAGCACAUGUGCUCCAUAACAUUACAUCACUUUUGUGUUUAACGAUGCCAUUCAUGAUGCAUCUCACCUGACCCCAGUUAUUUUACUCAUGCAUGCACAAUUUGCUUUAAAUGUUGCUGUUAUAUAAAGGUCAUUUAUGGAAAUAUGUAUGGAAGCAUCCAUGAAUAAUGAAUUGAAAACUUGCAGACU